CUCUUUCCCCCCUCCCCUCCCUCCCUUCCCCCCUCCCCCCCCAAUAAUCUUGCUCUGACGCGUUCACCGCAUCUUCCCUCCCACGUUUCUCUCUUGCCUAGCCUCUGCUGCGGUUGGACACCUGCCAUUUCUUCAGCGAUUGCCUUCCAGUUGCCUGUCGAGGGUGUUCUCUACGGUCCAUAUCUAGAUCAAAAUGGUUGUCGCUACAAUCAAGUGUGUCGUCGUCGGUGAUGGUGCCGUGGGAAAGACAUGUCUUCUGAUCUCAUACACGACAAAUAAAUUCCCCUCAGAAUAUGUUCCGACUGUGUUUGAUAACUAUGCUGUGACUGUCAUGAUUGGCGAUGAGCCGUAUACGUUGGGACUAUUCGAUACCGCCGGUCAGGAAGAUUACGACCGUCUCCGCCCGCUCUCGUACCCGCAGACCGAUGUCUUCCUCGUCUGCUUUUCCGUCACGUCGCCCGCUUCCUUUGAGAACGUGCGCGAGAAGUGGUUCCCCGAGGUGCACCAUCACUGUCCCGGCGUUCCCUGCCUAAUUGUCGGCACCCAGGCCGAUCUUCGCGACGACCCGGCCGUUCGCGAGAAACUUGCCCGGCAGAAGAUGCAGCCAAUCCGCAAGGAAGACGGCGAUCGGAUGGCGAAAGAUUUGGGUGCUGUCAAGUACGUCGAGUGCUCUGCUCUGACGCAGUACAAGCUGAAAGAUGUCUUCGACGAGGCCAUCGUCGCUGCACUCGAGCCCGCUCCUAAGAAGAAAUCGAAGUGUGUCUUGUUGUAAUCGUUCAAUUUCGGAGGAAGAAAACAUCCAAAAAAAAAAACACCCCUUGGUCGAAACCUAGAUAACAUACGACCCCUCGAUCACAACUACCCAACUUCGAUAUACGUUUGAUCUGGCGGGUACGCCCGGUCAUCUGCAGCUGGACGCCAUCCUCGCUUCAAGAAUUCCGACCGCCAUUGAUCCGUUGUCUUACGCCACCUUCCUCUGUCCUCUCGAAG